AUGUCUUUGCAAGUCACGCCCACCGUUCCCACAGUCCAAGCUGAGCCACGAAACGGCGAGCCAACCAAGCAGCCGCGUCGGAGAGCCUGCAACGAGUGCAAGCAGCAAAAACUUCGAUGCGACUUGGUUGCCAGUGACGGCGCUCCCAGUACGUGCUCUCGGUGCCAGAGACUCAGUCUCUCAUGCAAAGUAGACACCGAUUUCCGCAGAACACGGAAGAGGAGGCAAGCAUCUCAAGAUGACACAACGUUCCAUUCUCUAGAGAAUGAAGUCAGGGAGCUUAGACGACAACUAGCCACUCGCGAAGCUAACAAUGCUGCGCUCGAAUGGCCAAUUCCAACCCCAGCAGCUCCUUCUGAGACGCGCGUCAGCGAGGUAGCCGUGUCAUCGGUAUCCGGCGCGUCUGGGCCAUCACCAGACCCAAAAGAAAGCUCUCGCGUUCCGGGUCUUACCACACAACCUGUCAUUGAUCAACCGCCAGAGCCUCGGAGAUCAAUCAUAACUAUUCCAAGGGCCAGAAAACUAGGCAACGUUGAACUCUCCGUCGAAGAGAUUGACGAGCUUUACAUACUUCACUACCACCCAUAUCUACCGUUUCUGGAUCCAAGCACCUCGCUUCACGAGUACUACGAAUCAUCCGAGCUCCUUUUUUGGUCCAUAAUUGCCGUCGCCGCCCGGAGGCUGCAGAGCCAUCCUACGCUGCUGGCUAAGCUCGCGAGGAGUGUUACCGACCUUCUGUGGAAAACCCUCCGCUCGAUUCCAUAUUCGCUCCGAGUAGUACAGAGUCUGGUCAUCCUCUGUACCUGGCCUUUUCCGACGAGCAGCAGCACCGCAGAUCCAACGUAUAUGCUGGCGGGCAUGAUGGUGCAGCUUGGAACGCAAAUGGGGCUGCACCGCGCGCUCAGCGCAGAGGAUUUUGUCAAGGUUCCCCUACAUCUCAGCGUGUACGAGUACUCGGAAUGGGUCAAGACCUGGGAAGCUUGCAAUAUUGUUGCGCAGAGUGUAAGUGUUGGAUGCGGUCUGCCAGCCACAAUACAAAUGCACGACUGGUCCCUGACGGUUGCACCCGAGUCCAUGUCAUCGCCUCACGAUAUUUCUCUGAGAUGGCAUCUUCGCAUCGAGCAAUUCAGAUACCGAGUGUCUCAAGCGCUGACAUCCAACGCUCUCGAUCCUGCCGGAUUCAUGUCAUCUCGUGAGCGGCUGUCGCUGUACCGACUUCUCAACGCGUCCCUUGUCGACUUGGAGCGUGAGGCGAUCAAUAUGACGCGUAAUGAUGGAUCUGCCCCUCUUAAGCCAACUAAUCAUUUGCUAAUGACAGUCAUAGCCAUAACUCGUUAUUAUCUCGCCGCCGCCCGCCUUCACCUCCACUCAUUCUACCUCUUCGACGAGUCUAGCGUCGAUGGAUACUCCGAUCGCAUCGUGGUAUUAUACCAAACCGCCUAUUCACUCAUCGAGCAGUGUCUCGAGAUGGACAAUCAGGAAAGCGGAUUCUUUCACUACUGCCCAUUCUUCUGCUACCAAGUGUUUGUCUCUGCGGCUUUCAUCAUUCUCAAGGUGAUGAUGAAUGGGUACUUCGAAAAGCUUCUGGAUGUGGAAGCGGGCAAAAGACUGCUUGAUGCUGCCAUAUCAUCACUUCGAAAGAUGUCGGUUGCGAACAACGAUCUUCCCGGCCGUCUCAGCGACGUCAUUGGCUUCUUCUGCAGUCUACCGGAUCCUCGAGUCAUCAGCGGAGACUCCAUCGACGACUUACGCUUGCGUGUUCGAAACCGCCUUAGCAUGAGCAUUGUGUACGACUCGCUUUGGGAAUGGCGGCGACACUUUCAAUCGAAUGGUGACGAUCGCAUUGAAGGCUCCGAAGAAACACAAGAUAAGUGGAUUGAUGACUGCGAAUUUGCACCCAGUUUCACUGACGCCGAAUGCACAGGCGCUGUUCAGUUCCGAAGAUAUGCAAGAUGCCAUGAUGUUUGA